UAUCCCUUAUCUAAAGUCCCAUUACGCUGCUAAACCCCACCAAACCGCGGCAGCAGCAGCAGCAGCAGCAGCAGCGGCGGCGGCGGCGGUGAACGCCCCGAACGGCCCCUGCGGCCCCACCUGCGGCCCCGAACCCCCCGACGGCAUCAACCCCUUCAACGGAAGACCCUUCACUGACAGGUACUACCGGAUCUUGGAGAGCCGGAAGCAGCUGCCGGCGUGGCGCAGCCAAAAGCACUUCUUGAAGUUGGUGGCGAAGAACCGCUUCGUGAUCCUGGUGGGCGAAACCGGCAGCGGGAAGACCACGCAGAUGACGCAGUUCAUGUUGCAUGCGGGGCUGCAUGCGGGCCGCUGCAUCGCAUGCACGCAGCCGCGGCGCGUGGCCGCGAUGUCCGUGGCCCAGAGAGUGGCCGAAGAACUGGACGUCAGUCUUGGCCAGGAAGUGGGGUACACCAUUCGCUUCGAAGACCGCAGCAGCAGCAGCACCAUUCUGCGCUACUUGACCGACGGCAUGCUGCUGCGGGAGGCCAUGGCGGACCCGCUGCUGGAGCGCUACAGCGCCGUGCUGCUCGACGAGGCCCACGAGCGCACGGUGGCCACGGACUUGUUGUUUGGGCUUUUGAAGGAAGUGGUCAGCAGCAGAAAAGACCUCAAAGUGGUGGUCAUGAGCGCCACGCUCGACGCCGACAAGUUCCAAAAGUACUUCGACGGGGCCCCCAUCCUCAAUGUCCCCGGACGCAUGCACCCCGUCGAGAUCUUCUACACCCCCAAGCCCGAAAAAAACUACCUCGAGGCCUGCAUACGCACUGCCCUGCAGAUUCACCUGGGCGAGCCCCCCGGGGACAUGUUGGUGUUUCUGACGGGGGAAGAGGAAAUAGAACAGGCGAAGAGGGACUUGGAAAAGGCCUCGCAGCGGCACCCCGAAGCUGGGGAGUUGUUGGUAGUUCCUUUGUAUUCUUCUUUGGCGCCAGCGCAGCAGCAGCGGAUCUUCGAGGGGGCCCCCCCCCCCAAGUACCCAGGGGGCCCCCCCGGCCGGAAGUGCGUGUUGUCCACCAACAUCGCGGAGACGUCGCUCACGAUCGAUGGGAUCGUCUACGUCGUCGAUCCCGGAUUCAGCAAGCAGAAGGUCUACAACCCCCGCAGCCGCGUCGAGAGCCUUCUCGUUUCCCCCAUUUCAAAAGCCUCUGCGCAGCAGCGCGCAGGCAGGGCCGGAAGAACGAGGCCCGGGAAGUGCUUCCGACUCUACACGGAAGCUGCUUUCCAAACUGAACUCGUCGACCAAACAUACGCGGAAAUACUCAGAUCAAAUCUCGCAAGUGUUGUCUUGACUUUAAAGAAAUUGGGAAUUGAUGACUUAGUUCAUUUCGACUUCAUGGACCCGCCCGCCCCGGAAACCCUCAUGCGCGCGCUGGAGCAAGUGCGGCUUUAUUUCUUCAUUUAA